AUGGAAAGGGUUGAAGAAGAAAAUCCUCCACCCGUUACUUUCUACCUUCCUCACCAUGAAAUUUGCAAACCUGAAAAAUCAUCUACGAAAUUGCGCAUUGUGUUUAAUGCAUCAGCUCCUACUACUACAGGAUUGAGUCUGAAUGAUAUUUCACCCUCAGGAGAGGUUAAAGAGGAUAUUUUUGAUUUAAUUGUUCGAUUUCGUAAACAUAAAAUAGCACUGGUCGCAGACAUUAAACAAAUGUUUAGACAGAUUUUAAUUGAUUCAUCGCAAAGGAAUCUUCUACGUUUCUUAUGGAAAGAGCAUGAAGACGACUCACCUAUUACUUUUUAG